UCAUCCACGAAAAAAAAAAUCAUCACAGAUCGGUCGUGUUCUUCUACGUUUAAGCCGACGAAAAGUUAUGUAUUUACAUUUUCGCAAAAUAUCAGUGUACAAAACCGGAAAAUAAGCACAGUUUAUUGUUUAAGCAACUACAUUCCCUCUCGUUCUAGUCAUUUGUGCCGUCGGUUAGUGAUAACAGUGGAAAUUCCUGUGCCAUUCCGUAGAUUUUCGUAUCGUCUUUUUGGUGAAUGAAUUGACAAAAAAAAAGAGUUCCUUUCAUUUUCCCUUGUGUGAAUCAGAGAGAAGAAAAAAAUUCAACACGAUCAAGUGUGACCGUAAACAAGUUGUUCUUAUCGGGAAACUAGAAUUUAUAAUGGUUCUAUAGUUUUAAAAUUAUCAAAGACCUGCUCCAAACGCAGUUCGUUAGCGGGUUCGGAUCGAACGAGUCGAUCCUAGAAGAGUUCUACAAGCUGAUUGCUGAAUAAAGAGUUUCAUUGAAGGUUGUUUUCUCGAAUGAGCCGAACAUGUUUUGCAACAAUCGUCGAUCGAUCGAAUGCAGUGGCAAUUUGGCGACCAAUUAAACAAUAGUAAGAAGAGAAAGAGGCGGAGGCUUGCAUUCUGCUUUUUCUUUGGCUGGGGAGGAGUUUCCGAGAGUGGAAGCGAUCAUGUUCGCUUCGUUGAAGAAUAAGAUUAAAGAGGAGACCGGAAGCGAUGUUACAUCACUGCCAUCGAGAAGCACGCAAUCGGGAAUGUCGGCUAUAGGUCAGCGGCACCAGAGGAGUCGAGGAGAAUCGUUGACCAGUAUGGCAUCGAUGGAUGAGCUGAGUCUGCUGGAGCAGAAAGAUGCGGAACUCAGUGCCACGAGGAUUCAGCUGCAGGAGUUGGCCGGUCAGUGCAAUGAACUGCGGGAUCAGACUCGGGUGCUCGAGGAAGAAAAGCUGAGACUGGAAGAGGCAUACAAGCUGUUGGAAGAAUCGUUGAAGGUGGCGCAGGUUCAGAAGGACUUGCUAUGUGAGGAACAGGAUAAGAUACAGAACCUGCAGCAGCAGGAGAUCUCAAAACUGAAAAGUAUGCUACUGUUCAGGGAACAGGAAGCGGUCGAUCGGAUAUCGCAUCAGAAGGCGGCCGAACAACAGGUGGAGGGUCUGAAACAGGAGCUAGGUCGAGUGCGUGGAAUCGAGCCUAUGAUCGAGGAUUUGCAGGACGAGCUUGAAAACAUUCGGCACUCCACCAGUAUCGAGAAGAACAACCUCCGAUCGACACUGGCUGCUGUCGAGGAGGAGAACCGUCACCUUAAGAGCCGCAUACAGGUUCUGGAGGAGAGCCGUGCUUCGCUCACGUCCGGUAAUACAGACGAGAAGAUUCAUACGCUGUUGCAGGAACGAAGGUUACUCGAACAGCGUUUGGAGGAAGCUCAUCUGCACCUGUCGGACAUCAAGAGUAGAUGGAGUGGUCAAAAUCUUGCCCUCGAAACUCAAGUUAACCGACUGUCCCGACAGGUUGCCGAGGAAACCCGCGAAAGGCACAACGCUCUCAAGUUGAAGGAUGAUCUCAAUGAAAAAGUCAAACAGCUUGGGUUUGAGCUCGAAAAGACCAGGAACGAAGUCACCCAAAGGGAUAAUAAGAUAACGCUAAUGAGCGAAGAAAUAGACGAACUUAACUCCGCUCUGCGGGAAGCUCGCGAGCAGCACGAAGAGGAAGUUACGUUCAUGAGCUGUAAACUCGAACAAUUGCAGCUGGAACUGAAUAGCAUCAAAACGAAUCUCACCGAAACCGAGCAAAGGCUGCUGGAUUCACUGGAUGGAUCCGACCGGUCAAUGAAUUCCUAUAAAUCGCAAAUUUUGCAACUGGAGGACAAUGUCCGCGAACUGAAUGGUCAACUUUCGAUGGAAAAGCAAGAGAAGCUUUCGAUUCUCAUGAAAAAUGCAGAGAUUUCUCAAAAAGAGGAAAUUCUACGAAAAGAACUUCGUCAGGAGCAAGAAGAGGCACAAGACUUGCACGAUCGAGCGGCUCUUUUGCAAAGGGAGUUAGAUAAAAAAUUAAACACCGUCAAUGAGCUUCGCAAGCAGAUCGACGAACUGAUGAGCACUAAUCUCGAACAAAACGCUAAACUGGCUUCCCUAGAUAGUUUACAUGCGGAAUUAAUAGAUAAGAACAAGAUCAUAAAAAUUCUAAACCAACGGCUAGUCGACAUGAAAAAGACCCUCCAAGAAGAGAUAAAUAAUAACAACAGCGCCACCACCGUCGGCGGUGGUCAACACUUGAAACAUUCCGAACAUCAUUUCGAGCGAUCCAAUUCGAAGGAGAAACAGGAAAGCGUCGGAUGUAAACAGCAAAAUGGUGCCAUUAGCCACGCUAGUAGUAAUAGUAAUAGUAGCAGUAACCAUAGCAACAGUAAGCCCCACGCCAAUCACAAUGGAACACAGAAAGUUGCCCUUGGCAAUGACAGCAGCGGGACGAUCGUCAUGGAUGAAGUAAAUUUCCGCUACUUAAAACAUGUGAUAAUAAAAUUUCUCACUAGUCGAGAGGUGGAAGCGCGUCAGCUUGUCAAAGCCGUGGCAACUCUUCUGCACUUGUCGUAUGAAGAGGAGAAACUCCUGCAGGAUACGCUGACGUGGAAGAUGAGCUGGUUCGGAAGUCGCCGUGGCCAACACUCUCAGAUCGCACUAUCAACAGUACCACCAAGUUAAAAAAAACCUACCAAACUGCAGUGAUUAUUGAACUUUUACAUAAAGUAUUUCAAACUAACCUAUCGCAAGCCCUGCUCUUCCCUUUCCUCAAAACAUUUUCAUCUUUAUGGCAAUAUAUGCGAAAAGAAUGAUUCACAAACAAAUGAAGAAACAACAAAAUCAAUCAAUUAUUUGGAAAAGCAAAACUCUGACACAUAAUCAAAUACCCAUCACGAAAACGAUUAUAUCAAAACAAAUUGCACUAAUCUCACCAAUAGAUCUUAUUUAAUUACCCCCUGAGUAUUGUAAUCAACAAUGAAUCGCCUCUAGAGAGUAUUAUAACAGCGGAUGCUUGACCAUUAUACAACCCUUACAUUCCUAUAUACAUUGUGGGGCUUUAGUUAAGAGCCUCGCUAGCUUCUUUCAUUAGACUGUUAUGUUUACAAGUUUUAUUACCCACCAUAUUUGAUUUGACCUCAAGCCAGUUAGUUUGUUUAAUGAUCUUUGUGUUUAACAGUGUAGCUAAACGGCCGGCUGCAUCUCACAACAUUACAUAGUGUGCUCUUCCCAGCUAAACAAUAAUAAUCAACACAACCAGAUGGAAUCAUUAGUAGAAUGAGAAAAGAGGAGAAAGUGAACCGUGAUAGCAUUAUUGGAUGUAUUUAUACUUUGCAAUUCGGAUAAAAGCUGAACAAAUGGAAGGAAAUAAAGGAAGAUACCAUUCAAA